GCAACAAGAUGGGCGGGGCUAGCGAGGAGCUCUGAUGGUGUGGAUGAUGAUGAUGAUGAUGAUUAUGAUGUUCAUUUCUUCCCUGGUGCUGAAUGUGUGAAGAUGUUGUGCAGGCCUGUGUGCUGUAACCGCUGGUCGUGUGAGGAGAGGCUGGAUGGCCAGACAGUCAUCAUCACUGGAGCCAACACGGGCAUUGGCAAAGAGACCGCCAGAGACCUGGCAGCUAGAGGUGCCCGCAUCAUCAUGGCGUGCAGAGACCUGGAAAGGGCAGAAGAAGCGAGAUUGGAGAUAUUGGAGGACAGUGGCAAUGACAACGUGGUCAUCAGGAAGCUGGAUCUCUCUGACAGCAGGUCCAUUAGAGCCUUUGCAGAGCUCAUCAACAAAGAGGAGAAACAAGUGAAUAUUUUGAUAAACAACGCAGGCAUCAUGAUGUGCCCAUACUCCAACACAGCUGAUGGCUUUGAAAUGCAGCUUGGAGUCAAUCAUUUGGGUCACUUCCUGUUAACUUACCUGCUGCUGGAUUUGAUCAAGUGGUCCGCUCCUGCUCGCAUCGUAGUGGUGGCGUCAGUGGCUCACACCUGGACCGGCAUCAGACUGGAGGACCUCAACAGUGAGAGAAGCUACGACACCAUGAAAGCCUAUGGACAGAGCAAGCUGGCCAACGUCCUGUUUGCACGAGCCUUGGCCAAAAAGCUUAAAGGAACCGGGGUGAGCGUGUUCUCGCUACACCCGGGUGUGGUGCAGUCCGACCUGUGGAGGCACCAGCAUCAGUGCAUCCAGGUGGCUGUGAAAAUCUUCAAGAUUUUCACCAAGACAACUGUAGAAGGGGCUCAGACCACCAUAUACUGCGCCGUGCAGCCCGGCCUAGAGAGUCAGAGUGGAGGCUACUUCAGUGACUGCGCCCCUGCAAGGUGCUCUGCGACAGCCUCUGAUGAUGAUUUGGCCCAGAAGCUUUGGGAGAGCAGCUGCAGCAUGCUUGGCAUCUCCUGGCAGUGAACAGUUGGGAUCAAAUAAAGGACUUUCUGUAAUAUUAAUAAAAAGAAAACAGCACUAUUGGGUAAGCAUUUUGAUGAAGGCGUUCAUGUUACUUCAUUUUGUACUUUGUUUUGUCCCGAUCACACCUGUUGAUGUCUUUAAGUAUUCUGCUUUUCACAUAAUUUCUCAUUGUUGAGUAUUUGUUGCGGUGAACAAUGAAUUGAGAAGUGGAAAACUAAUCUAAAUCACAUGAGUGAUUGUUUAAGACCAGUGGAAUGUGGCACUGGCAAAUUGAAAGGUCACAGGCAUUGCUACUUUAUCAUUUGUUCAAAACUUGCUAACAGUUUCAUCUAAAGUAAAUAAAGUUAAUUUUGCGAUUGAUCUGCGUUAAUACAUAUCUUACCAGAACGGGAAUCAAGUAUGUUUAGCACCUAAGGAAUUUGACUUGGUAGACUGUGCUCUCUUUGUUCGAUGCAAGAAACACAGAAAAAACGCUCUCCAAACUAUUAGGUUGGAAUCAUGGACAAAAGAAAACAUUUAAAUUGAGGGCUGGGUAAGGGCUCUUUACUGGCUGGAUUAAAAUACUUUUGAUGAAGAUUGGCUGACGAUUUAGGAAGUAGCUGUUAAGCGUCGGAUUUGAUGUCAAAGAAAGCAGAGAUCACAACAAUGGGGAAAUCAAGGAAGAAGUCAACUGCGGGUUGGCACAGCUGUGUUGUGAAUGGACUAGAGUGGGGAGAAAAAGGUUCAAGUGGGAGUGAAGAAAGAAUGGAUCAUAAUUAAUCAUGAUGAGUGUAGGGGAAAGAGAAAAGGUAGGCCUGUGGAGUUAAUGCAUACUUGCCAACUUUGAGACCUCCGAAUC